AUGGUUUUGGAAGCUGGUUCAAAUCCGAUAGAGACUCACCCCAGUGAGUUUGACACAAUGUUGAAAACGGUUAUGUAUCCCAAAAACUACGAUUCAGUUUCGGGAUGGAUUUCCGAUGUCGGUGACGGAGAAGUUUUAAAAGAACCGGUCAGAACUGUAGCAAAUGACGCAGACCUUGCUAGGAUAAGGGUAGUUGCUAGAAACACACUGGAAAGAGUGUCUCGCGGAGUAAAUCACGGAUUUGAAAAACGAGCGCUUCAAUACAACAAUGUUGUCGAGAACAACAGAUGGGGUAAAUACGUAAAUUGGAAGUUGUAUCCUUUAUUUGGUCUCUUGGAACACAGAAAAGUUUCCAUAGGUUUGCCGUAUAAGAUUCAUUUGCAAAGAGAAAUCAACGACAACAAGAUAUUCUUUGGUGAAAACAACUCUGACGCAAAAUUGGAAAUAACGAAUAUCCAACUUUACAUACCGGUAAUCACUCCUUCCGUAGAAGUGGAAACGAGAAUAUUCAACUCUUUAACCAAAGACAUCGAAAUUGCUUUUCUUCGUCGUAACACGAUUAUCGAUAAAUACAAACAUUGGAAAGUCAGAGACGAUAUAGACUUGGAAAGAAUUGAUCAGAAUUUAACUAAAAAAGGUGGAUUUUUACCUUUCUUACCUUUAAUCUUUGCUGGUUUAGCUGCAGCAGAAGCAACUGCUGGUGGGGCUGCUGGUAUAGCCAAAGCUGUCAACGAUAAGGAAGCUGAAGCCGCUGCAAACGCAGAAGCACGUAGACACAAUUUGGCAAUGGAAAGAAAAGCACGAGGAGGUUCGGGAGUAGGAGAUAUUUUAGGGACGGUUAAAGAAUUCGGACAAAGAUUUGGCGAAGAAACCAAGAAAACCGUUAAAGAGGGAUUAAGCAAAUUAAUAAAUUAUAUCGACACCUGA